AUGACGAAAGAUGUUUUUAGGUUUUGUCCGUCUGUCUUCUUUUAUUUAUGUACCGUUAUUCCAAGUGUUUGGUUUCUUGAACUUGACUUAGCCGAAAGACGAUCAAAAUUUAAUGUUACACAAGUCAUCAGUCAAAUAGAUAAUGAAGAUAACAUUCCUAUUGUACUAUGGAAAAUAUCAGCUGAAAUGUGGACACAAAUUGUUGAACAAACAUUAUUGUUAGUAUUAAUAAUUGGUCGAUGGUUGUUACCUGUUGGAAAAACAAUGACACGCGAUCAAUUAUCACAAUUACUUCUUGUUUAUAUUGGAACAGCAGCAGAUAUCAUUGAAUUAUUUGAAGCUUUUAAAGAGACUGGUGUACAGAGAAAUUUUACAAUUAUUCAUUUAAUACUUUCCGCAUGGUCUGUUAGUCUUUUACAAUUUACACUUGUUGUUACAUCAACAAAAACACGUAAAAUAAGAGAUAGUUCUCAAUCAUCAGAUAAAGUUAUCGAUGAAUGUUUUACAUGUCUACUAUUCUGGGAGACUGAAUUGUGGGCAUUAUCAACAACGAUAUUGUUACAAGAUGGACCGUUUUUAUGUCUUCGUCUUGGACUGAUAAUUCAUUAUAAAAUAAUAAGUCAAUCAAAUGUAUUUUUUACAACGAAAAAUUUUCUUGUUGUUUUAUUACAAUUAUAUCGUGUUUGUGUUAUUGUUAUAGAACAUCGUAAACGGCGACAAUUAGCAAGAAUAGCUGGCUUAAAUCCAGAUCAUCCUGCUCUCAAUGAAUUACUUACAUUACCAAUAACGCCUAUAAAUAAAAAAAUUAUGAAACUUUCCAAGAAAAAAGGAUCAACAAUGUCUAAUAGUUCGCUUAAUAUGAUUAGUAAUGGGAAACUAUCACAAUCAACAUCAAUGCCAACAAUGCAUAGACGUUUGCCAAUCACCGUUCCGUUACCUCGUAAAAAACGUCCAUUAUCCUCGAUGAUAACGACCAAUAUACAACCAGUUUCAAGAUCUAAACAUUCUAUGAGACAUAGCAGUACACUACCAGUGAAUAAUAAUAAUAAUAAUAAUAAUACAUCUUCAUCUUAUACAGAAAUAGAUAAUGAAGUUUUAACUCGUCAAUUUGGUACAGAAGUAUAG